AUGUAUGUUCAGCUUUUCGCAGCUUUCUUUGCCCUCAACGUCCUUGCCGCGCCACAGGCGGCAGGCGAGCCGUCAUCCUCCCCGGACAGCGACCUGGUGACCAUCGAUGGCGUUCAGGUUGAUAGCGCUAUCCUGUCGUCGCCCAUGCUUGACAUCUUCCUCGACGAAUUCUUGCUCAAUUCGACUCGGCCACAGCAGCCCGAGCAGCCCGAGCCGCCCGAGCCGCCCGAGCAGUCCGAGCUGCCAGAGCAACAGCGGGUCCGUCGCGAGGAACCCCCUUUGACCACCGCCAAAGAUGCUUCCAUGAUGGAAACCUCGACUACAAACAGAAAGGGUGUCUUUUACCGCGGCGAUACGCGGCCCCCUGACGUCAUCUUCAAGGAAGGGUUCCAGCCCAAGGGCACUGACACAGUUUUAGACCACCACUUCCGAUAUAGUGGCGAGUCGGGCUUUGUUUCCGUUAGCCGCUCGCGGAAUGUGGCAAGGAGCUAUACUACAGGUCAUUUCAGCUUUUCGCCUAAAGGGGGUUACGUCUAUGUUAUUGCGCAUAACAACGUUCCUGAUGGCUACUGGCUACCAGGCAUUUACCGUAAAGACGGGAACGUCAAGAUGAAGAAUGAGUUUGUAGUAAAGGGCAAAAUUCCCCCUACCAGUAUCUCACACGUCUAUAUAAUCGACGAUAAAAAGCCUACCGGCCGAUGGAAAAGGGUUAAUAAUCCAAACUACGAGUUCCAGUCGUCCUCUUCCUGCUUUGGCAGACGGCGGGGAGUCUGCGACCCCGCGAAGCGUGUCCGCAAUACAUUAUCGCUAGGCGUCAAGGGCGGCAAAGUCGGCAAAGUCGGCAAAGGGUUGCGGAUCGGCGCAAGGACGGGGGGCGCUGUGGCAUUUACCGUGCUCGCCCCUUACGCUCACAAACUUCUCAACAUGGUCAAGGAAUGGGACCACCCGAUCGGGAACGCGGUCAGUUGGAUCGACGGCGCCAUCUCCACCGUGCAGGAGAGAAUCGGCGGCCCGCAAGUGCCUGAGAUCGACGGCAACGAGCUCAAGCUGGGCCUCAUCUGCUCGAUUCGUGGCAAGCAGAGGUUCAAGAACAGUGUCGAUUACGCCUGCGAUCGGUGGCGGGGAGAUGCUCCGGAUGAGCAGCCGCCGCCGCACCCGGGCCGCAACAUGAGGGCAAGGAGUAUCAAUCUUGUUCUCGACACCUGCGAGAAGUUGGACGAUUCCGAGGACAGCACUGAAUUGGUAGAAGACGCAAUGGAGGACUGCAUAGACCUUAUUAACAUGGUGGAAGACCUUGCAUACGAAAACAAUACGGUCGAACCACAAGGCCGGUGGUAA